AUACUAUGCACAUUCGUCUGAAUACAAUUUAACUUCAGAAAUGUGCGAAAAGAUCGCUGUUUGACAUUUAUAGUCAUAUUUAUUUUAAAUACGUAUAUAUAUAUGUAUAUAACAUUUGUGCAUCGAUCUAAUACUACCUAAUGAUGACAUCAAACUACUAUACUGCUGAAGUGUUCUGUUCCAAUAUUUCCUGCAAAUGUCGAGUGGAUACAUAUUAGUUAUAGAGUUUCAGGAAAAUAUCAAUGCCACUGUGCAGAAGGUUGUACAGGAAAUGUUGAAGGAUACCGUUGUAAAUCAUGCAAACAAGGCUACCAUGGAAUGUACUGUCAAAUAGUUUCAGGAAACUACCAGUGCCACUGUGCUGAAGGCUGUAUAGGAAAUAUCGAAGAAUACAUUUGUAAAUCGUGCAAAGAAGGCUACUAUGGACUUUACUGUCAAAUGGAAAACGUGGCUCUCAGAAAACAAGCUCAGCAUUCAAAAGAGUGUGAAGAUUAUUCAGGCAAAGCGUCUAUAGCUGUGGAUGGUAACACUACUACAGAGUUUGGUGACAAAGCCCCUCAUGGGUGCACUUGUUCAAUAGGCAAAGACAAAUUCUGGAGCGUUGACUUGGGUAAAGAGUACCUGAUUAAAAACAUAAAAAUAUACCAGAGGAAUCAAACUCACAAUGUACUAUAUGGACUUCACAUUGAAAUUGAUGGACACGAGUGUUAUCGGUGGCCAAAUACGAGCGAACCUCCAACCGUUUUUGAUGUAACCUGCGACCGUCAUGGAAGGAAAGUGACAUUCAAGAUGCCUGACGACAUCGUUGUUCUUGCUUUGUGUGAAAUUCAAAUAUUUGUGUGUACAGAUUUCUGGUAUGGUGAUGACUGUACCAAAACCUGCAAAUGUAGAAAUGAAGUCUGUGAUAAGAAGACUGGAAAGUGUAAACAUUGUCGAGAAUCUUUGACUACAGAUUCGUGUGACGCGUGUACAGAUUUCUGGUAUGGUGAUGGCUGUGUCAAAACCUGCAAUUGUAGAAAUAAAUAUGAAGUCUGCGAUAAGAAGACUGGAAAGUGUACAGAUUGUCCAGAUCAUUAUACUGGAGAUGCGUGUGACGCUUGCGAUGAUGGCUAUUGGGGCAAAUAUUGUUUGAAGUGUGGUCAUUGUAAGGCAGGAGAGAUCUGUAAUAAAACUACAGGACAUUGUCAGGAGUGUCGGACUGGAUGGGAGUUACCAAGAUGUACAACGUGUGUGGAUUUCAUGCACGGUUGUAGCUGUAACAUCACCUGCAACUGUGAAGAUACAACAGAAAUCUGCAAUAAGGAAACAGGGGCUUGUGACAGUGAGGCAGAUGCGUCAGUUCAUGAUGGAGCUAUUGCUGCGAUCGGUGCCAUAUUGUGUGUGGGGUUCGUCAUUGCAGUCGUGGCACAAAGUGUGUCUUUUUGGAGAAGGAAUGCUGAAGGUCGGUUGCGGGAGUGGCAUAGGUGUGGAGAACAUUACCACAAUGGCUGCCUUGUUCAGACGGAUCGAUGAGGUGGAGGGAGUGUCAUGGUGUGGGGCAGGAUAAGUUAUCAUCACCGAACAGCACUCCAUGUUUGCCAUGGCAGAAUGAAUGCCAUUUACUACCGGGAUAACGUCUUGCAAAAGCACGUCAUUCCCUUUUUUAAUCAGCAUCGGGAUAUGCACACAUUUCAGCAAGACAAUGCCCGAGCACACACACCACGUGUUACAACACAGUAUCAAUCAAACAAUAAUGUUCCUUUGCUUAAAUGGCCAGCACUCUCCCCUGAUUUAUCGCCAAUAGAGUAUCUUUGGGAUUACCUUGGUCAAUGCAUCUCACGUUGUCUACAAAUGAAUAACCUUAGAAAACUGAAAAAACGCACUACAGAACACUAUUUGCAGACUUACUGGGACAAUAAGAAGACGUUGCAUGACUUGUAUAGCUGCAGAUGGUCGUCAUAUGCGUUAUUGACUUUUCAUUGUGACCCCACGUGUCUUUCAUACGUAGAUGAAUUAAAACUAAUCAAUGAU